UGGUGUGCUAGAGAUCAACUGGGAUUUUUCUGAUUCUAUUUUCUUUUGAAAAAAAGGAUGCAUGGAAUAGAAAGAAGGUCUAAGUGCCUGUCUGAGACUGUUUUACCAAACCUGGGAUAAAUGUUACUUCUCAAAGGUACUGUUGCGUGAUUUACCAUGGAAAAAUUGCUCUGCGGCAUCCUGGUGUUUGGAAUGGCUGUCACAGUCAACGCUUGUCCCAAGUAUUGUGUCUGUCAGAACCUGUCUGAGUCACUGGGGACUUUGUGUCCCUCCAAGGGUCUCCUUUUUGUGCCGCUGGACAUAGAUCGAAGGACUGUUGAACUCCGCCUUGGGGGCAACUUCAUUAUCAAUAUCAGCCGACAAGAUUUUGCCAAUAUGUCUGGACUCGUUGACCUUACUUUGUCCAGAAACACCAUUAGUUACAUACAGCCCUACUCUUUCACCGACUUGGAGAGCCUUCGGUCUUUACAUCUGGACAGCAACAGGUUGCCUGAGAUUGAAGAGGAUACUUUAAGAGGUUUAAUUAACCUUCAGCAUUUGAUUUUAAACAACAACCAGCUAAGCAGCAUUUCUGACGACGCCUUUGAGGAUUUUUUACUGACGUUGGAAGACUUAGACCUUUCCUACAAUAAUCUCCGAAGCAUUCCCUGGGAAUCUAUAAGAAAGAUGAUAAACUUGCACCAGCUCAGUUUAGAUCACAACCUGAUAGAUUAUAUAACAGAAGGGACAUUUGCAGAUCUUCAGAAAUUGGCCAGAUUGGAUCUAACAUCCAACAGACUUCAGAAGCUCCCCCCUGACCCUAUAUUUGCCAGAUCACAAGUAAUUCCAUUGGUUGUUACCCCGUUUUCACCACCUCUGUCCCUCAGCUUUGGGGGAAAUCCGCUGCAUUGCAACUGUGAGCUACUGUGGUUAAGGCGGCUUGACAGAGACGACGACAUGGAAACCUGUGCUUCUCCUCCAAGUCUAAAGGGCAGGUACUUCUGGUACAUACGGGAAGAGGAAUUCGUUUGUGAGCCCCCUCUUAUUACACAGCAUACUCACAAGCUGCUGGUUCUGGAAGGGCAGACUGCCACGCUGAAGUGCAAAGCCAUUGGGGAUCCCACGCCCAUCAUUCACUGGGUGGCCCCUGAUGACCGCCUCAUCGGAAACUCCUCGAGGACAGCUGUCUACGACAACGGCACCUUGGAUAUACACAUCACCACCUCCAAGGACUACGGAACUUUCACAUGCAUAGCGGCCAACGCUGCAGGAGAGUCCACUGCAACAAUUGAACUCUCGAUCGUUCAGCUUCCCCAUCUCAGCAACGGCACAGGCAAAGCAGCUCCGCCCAAGUCCAGGCUCUCGGACAUCACCAGCUCCACCAAGUCCAAUCGUGGCGAAACAAAAGGCCCCCCAGAAAGGGCUGUGCUGGUGUCAGAUGUGACCACUACCUCAGCUCUGGUCAAGUGGACAGUCAGCAAGUCGGCCCCUCGGGUAAAAAUGUACCAGCUGCAGUAUAACUGCUCAGAUGAUGAAGUCCUGAUCUACAGGAUGAUACCAGCUACCAACAAGGCCUUUGUUGUAACCAACCUUGUUUCUGGAACAGGCUAUGACCUCUGUGUCCUGGCAAUGUGGGAUGACACAGCCACAACCCUUACUGCCACCAAUAUUGUGGGAUGCGCCCAGUUCUUCACCAAAGAAGACUACCCUCAGUGCCAGUCGAUGCACAGUCAGUUCCUGGGUGGGACCAUGAUUCUGAUCAUUGGAGGCAUCAUUGUGGCAACUCUGCUGGUAUUCAUUGUAAUCCUCAUGGUUCGUUAUAAGGUCUGCAGCAAUUCCCAGGGGAAGAUGUCUAACGUCAGCAACGUCUACUCACAGACCAACGGAGCACAGCCAGUCCAGAACGGAGUGUUGCCCCAAGUCAAUCCCAAAGUGGUGGUGAGAAAUGAACUUAUGGAGUUUAACUGUCAGUCUGCACGGAGCAGCAUCUCCUCUUCCUCCAGCUCCGCAAAUAGCCGUGACUGUGACAACUACAGCCUCCAAAGUGAACAGGGCACAUUGUCCAGUAAAUGGAGGCCUCCUUCCCGGUCAAAACACAAUAUUGACCGGCUAAUGGGAGCUUUUGCCUCCCUGGAACUGAAAUGUCAGAAAAAGGAGGAAAUGACAGACUCCAGAACUUCCACGGUGGCCCGCCACUCGGACAAAGAGCCACUGCUGGGCCAGACAGAGUCCAAAUUCCGCAGCUUCCUCAUGUUGCCUCUGGAGGGCAAAACUAAACGUAGCCAUUCUUUUGACAUGGGGGACUUUGCCACGUCUCAGUGUUGCACCUACCCAAAAAAGAUAACAAACAUUUGGACAAAGAGGAGCCUCUCGGUCAACGGCAUGCUUUUGCAGUAUGAUGACAGUGACCUAACAGGGGCAAAAGGGACUUUUGGGAGCUCAGAGUGGGUGAUGGAAAGCACGGUGUAAAUAUCAGUGUCUCCCCCUUCUCUUCUCCCCUCGUGUUAUAAAGCGUGGUUUGCUUCAGGGCCAUGCAAUUGGAAAGAGAGGGGAAAAAUUUUCUGUUGUACUGGCCAAAAAGAUAGGCAAGCAAGUAAGUUACAGAAUAGUGAAAGAGAAAGAGGGUCAUGAAAUGUGAAUAGGCACAUGUGGUACCGUUCCUGUCCGGCCCCAACUCAACCAUGCGUGAAUGUUUCAAGGAAUUUGCUAGUUGUAUUUAGCAUUGCUUUCCAAAAGUUACUCAGAUUCUUGGUGAACCUUCACACAAGAUUAAACAAGGAGGA